AUGAACAGAGCCGUGAUCUUUUCCGGCCUGCUAUCCGCCACAGUUGCGAUCUUCCUUGUAGAUGGCUAUAAAGGCCUGUACCCCGAUCCUCGCACACACACUACGGACGUGCUAGUCCAAACAAACGCGCUCCUGGCGCAGGUUGCGCUGGCGUCAAAUUCGACGCUGAUCCCGGUGGUCAAUCUCCAGCCCUUUCACCCCCCGGGCACAGCAAUAACCGUCAAUACACUCUGGUCUCUUAGCCUAGUCACGUCUGUUCUGUCUGCUCUCCUGGCAAUGAUGGUGCAGGAUUGGUUGGGGAACUCUAUGAGGAAUGAAGCGCGUCCCGCCGCUGAAACUAUCGAACGAUACGCGAUGAAGCGUCUCCAUGCGUAUACGGCCUUUGAACGCUACGGCGUCGAUCAGCUCGCAACCUUGACCAUCGGUCUUGUCCAUCUAGCUGUCAUCUUCUUCCUUGUUGGCCUAUCAAUUCACCUAUCGCCUGUCCAUUCCACACCUGCCAUCGCCGUCGCCACACUCUCCGCCACGGCCGCACUGCUCUAUAUCGUUGCCAGCGCCCUUCCGCUCUUCGACCCCAAGUGUCCCUAUCAUACGCCGCUCAGCUGUCUUUUGUCUGCAAUUGUCUACGGGUCCAUCACACUCACGGCCUGCAUCAUCUUGUACGUCGUCAAUGCCCGCGCGGCGGUGCAAAGUUGGAUGGCGAACAAACGCGUCUCCAUUCGGGACCUCGACCCACGGCAGAUCCUCGCAUACUUGAAGACACCCAUUUCAUCCGCACGAAUUCUACGCCCUCUUUUGGGAGGUAUUCUUCGUAGAAAAUCCAGCGAGGAGCUCGAUCAGAUAGUCGAUCGCGCCUUUGAGCUCCCUGCCGAUGAGACGCUGGUCGCCGGGAGAGCGCUCGCAUACCUAUCAACGCGGACAAGAGCCCAUUUGGUCAAAUCUCCCGAUGCUGCCCGAUACUUCGCCCGCUGCGUACUCAGCAUGGAUCAAGACGGUGUGCCGGAGUUCUUCGUCAACCUCCGUAACAACAGAUCGGCUAUGGCAAAGCUCGCCGUCGCUUUCCAACACGUCGAAACAACCCUCGCCGCUGAGGGAUCUAUUCGGCUCUUGCAGAUGUUGCUAUCGGCCGAUAACCCCGCGGACCUGCUUACACAGGCGCGCAGUAACCAGGACGCACGGUGGAGACACAUGGCGCCCAUCCUCGAGACGUUCCCUGCCUUUGCCCAGCAGGUCGGCCAACAGUGCGUUCAAGCUCUGCGCCAACGAGAUAGCACCCUACAUGCUGCGGUUGCCAGCCUGCGUUGGACGCUCAUCUUCUCCCUGGGUAACAUACAAGGAUACCCGUAUCGGCCAGAGCAUCCGGGCUUCAAGGCCAGGAACAACAUCCGAUCUCUGCUCACGAGUUUGAACCUCGUCCAUAGCCUUAGCAUGUGCAAGGUGUCCUCGGACGACCACGAGAACCUGGACGAUCUGUUCAAGGACGUAGCGAUUGAUCCCCGCCUUGAGUUGGGCUCCCGCAACGCGUUAUCGCUCUUGAUGGUCGUGAACGACUGUGGCUGGGGUCCGGGCGCUUGGCAGAAGCCCGACGAAGCUUAUACUCCCAAAGGCGCCCCAGGCAUGUGGGAUUGGUGCCGCUUAUUCGGUCUCAAGGGUCCUGUCAAGGAGCAUGCUCCCUCGGAUUGCCUGCGCGACCUCAUGGAGAAGACGCGCUUCAAGACGCACAUGCCAUCGGUCACCGAUUUUGCGGGACUCGGCCCUGCGGAGUUCGAUAAGAUCGUAGCAGACCGGUUGCUUGAUCUCAGCACGAUCGUCGAUCUGAAGGCGUCGGCUGCCGCGGAGGCCGGCGAGGAAUGUGAGGGCUGCCGACACCACCAUCUUCUCGCAAAGCGGCCGUUGCAGAUACAUAGCUGCGCUUUGUCGAGCACCUCAAGUUUCAGCACAGACACGGAGUCGUCUGACUCCGGCAGGGAUGAUUCUAAACCGCUCAUUGGUCCGGCCUCGCUCUCGGCGGCUCUGAGUGACAAGCGGAGGCCAGCCGGCCCUGCAGAGCGCAGGCGGUCAUUUGGGCCACCCGCUAUGUAG